AUUAUUAUUAUUCCAUUUUCCUCAUGCAUUUUAUACAUUACCUUUAUCAUCACUUGUCCUAUCAUUUAUUUUAUUUAAUUUUUGAUUUCAAUCCCACAUCAUUUAUCAUCAGCAUCAGCAUCAGCAUCAUCUUACUAUUAUUUAUUAUCUUUAUUAUUCCCUCUUUUCUGCCUUUGCUAUUUGUAAUUAUUUGACUUAGUUUUAGAAAUCAUUACUUUUAGUGUUUAUUCUUGUAUAUCACUCUUUACCCAUUGUUCAUCUUUUUAUUUAUUUAUUUCAUUGUGUAUGAAAUAAAGAACUGUAUUAUAUCUCUCUCUCUCUCUC